CGUAGCCAAUCACACUAAGCAGUACGUACCGUACGUACAACUCGGGUACGUGCCAGGUUGCAUGCUUUGUGCAGUGUCGCCAGUGUUCACUUGUGUUGACAUUUCUUCUUAACCUGCCCAUGCGUUACCGCGUGGUUAAACAUCUUUUGGACCUGAGGAGUGUGGCACAGUUUUAGUCAGGUUAGUGCUAAGAGUAAUCCCAGUCGGAAUAUGUGAUACACGCGAGCAGUCGCAUGCAACUUGUACGCAAGCAGCUAGCUAGCUACUUUUAGCUAGAUUUGAACCGGACCAAAUACAGUUAGAAGGAUCAAAGAGGCUGUUAAUUAAGUAGAUUAAAACGCUAAUUAACUUGAAGUGAACGGUUGUGAUUGAUGUCUUCUUGUUUACCCAAGGAAGCGUUCGAUUUGGGAAGUAGUACCACCGAUUCAUUUCGAAACUGAUCGCCUAACAAGCUAGGGAAGAGCUCGGUAGACCUGGUGACCUUCCUUGAUAGCUUUGUAUGUGUCCCAACUUUUUUGUCCCCUCCGACUUCUGUGAAUGGACAAUAACUUCAUCUGGCCAGAAGACUGACAUAUGAACCAGUAAUGUCACCUACAUAACCGCAGGACCCGAGCAGGGCCCUCAUUCAGCGCUUCUAAUUGGACAUGUAACUGACUUCAUGGUUGUGUGUUCACUUAUAAGAAUGACUCGCCGCUCAGUGGUGAACUUGUUGUGCUGUGGGAGUCGAGCUGUCAGCCUGCUGUACGGAAACUCCUUUGGUCCCCUCCACACUUCAGCAUGCCACAGAUCAACGCAGCCUAGAACUGGAUUCAAACCGGAAAAAGUGGCAGUGGUCACAAAGACCACACGGUAUGAGUUUGAACAACAGCGGUAUCGCUAUGCAGGGCUCUCAGAAGAAGACUUAAAACAAUUGCUUGCAGUGAAAGGCUCCAGCUACAACGGCCUGCUGGAAAGACACAACAUCCACACUAACAAUGUGGAACAUAUUGUAAAGAGCCUGCGGAGGGAAGGCAUUGAUGUACGAGUCGUGAAAAGGGGAGAAUAUGAUGAAGAAGUAGUGCGAUGGGCAGAUGCAAUUAUAUCUGCUGGAGGUGAUGGGACAAUGCUACUUGUUGCCAGUAAGGUUUUAAGCAAGGACAAACCAGUGGUUGGAGUCAAUACAGACCCUGAGAGGUCAGAAGGUCACCUGUGCCUCCCUGUGCGGUACACUCGUGCCUUCCCAGAGGCACUGGAGAAACUCUGUCGCGGUGAGUUCAGGUGGCUGUGGCGUCAGAGGAUCCGUCUGCACCUAGAGGGCACAGGAAUUAAUCCCACACCUGUGGACCUGCAUGAACAGCAGCUGAGCCUGGAGCAACACAAUCAAGCUCACCGCAUCACCACCAUGGACAUCCAUCAGAGGACAGGAACAUUUCCUGAGAGCUCCUCCAAGCCGAGUCUCCUCCCUAUCAGAAGCCUGAAUGAAAUCUUCAUUGGAGAGUCUCUGUCCUCCAGGGUGAAGUUAAAAUCCUUCAAACACCAUGUUAACCUCUUGCUCCAUAGGGCUUCUUACUACGAGAUCUCUGUGGAUGAUGGCCCGUGGGAAAAGCAGAAGAGUUCAGGACUCAGCAUUUGCACAGGAACAGGAUCCAAAGCCUGGUCAUAUAACAUCAACAAACUUGUUGAACAAGCUGUGGAGGAGGUUCUAAAAAUCGGAAAGUCCCAAACAGGUCUCGAUAUCCCACUUGAUCGUGACUUUAUUGAAAAAGUGACUGAUGAAUACAAUGAGUCACUGGUGUUCAGUCCAGAUGACAGACGUUUGUUCUACAGCAUCAGGGAACCCAUUGUCAACAGAGUCUUCUCCAGCAGUCGACAAAGAGGCUUUGCCAGCAAGGUGUGUGUCCGCUCACGGUGUUGGGAUGCCUGCAUGGUGGUCGACGGCGGGACUUCAUUCGAGUUUAACGACGGCGCCAUCGCCACGAUCAGCAUGAGCGACGAGGAUCAGCUCCGGACAGUGCUUCUUGAAAACUGAGAUGAGUCCAGAGAGAACACUCGACUCGUUCUUUACUAUGGUUCAAAGGGAAGAACCAGUUUUUAGCUUUUAGUCUCCACAAGUGUUAAAUAUUUUUAUAUCAGGGGUAAAGGUAUCAUUGUUACUAUUGUUAAAUGUGUGCAUUGUGAAUUUUUCAAAAUUAUUUCAAAUUCCGAUAUCCCCCCCAUCCCCCCUUUGCUUUUUAAUCUCCGUGCCACUCUCCACAGGUUAUGUAGAACCCACUGGGUAUAUAAUGGUCAUAAUCCACUUUGUAGAUGCUGUGUCAAACAAUAUAUAGAGUAUGAUACAAAGCAGAGAAAGAAAUGAAAGAUCAGAUAUAAGGAGGGCUUAUGUUAAUACACGGCAAAUCAGUGGUGUAAGUAUGUGUUUUGAUUCAUUGUGGGUCCAUUUUGGCUGGAGCAGUGACUCAUUCUGUCAGUAAAGCUGCACGUGAUCCCCAAAUCAUAAUCAGGCUUCAAACGGACAGAAGACUGACAUGCUUUAAAACAUGUUUAUUUAGUUUAUUAGUUUUAAAGGAUCAGUUUUUUUGUUUUGUUUUGUUUUGGUUUUUUUUUUCAACAACUGUCUAAGUUUAUUGGUUCCUACUGAAGGAUAUAUACAUCUUAAAGUAUGACUCCCAGGUAAAUAGUUUUUAUUUAAAAAGGCUCGGUAAUUUCUUGAAACAGCUGAUCACUUUAUUUUUUAACAAUUGCUUCUCAAACAGGACUAAAGGAGUUCGGUGUUGAUGUUUUUUUAUUCCCGUGUGGUCGGUAAGCCAAGCGGGUCUGAAAUGUGCCCACCCAAAAUCAGUUUUUAACUGCCCCUAUACAAAGAGUUUUAUUUAUUAGCAUUUACCAAAUCAUCAAGAAAGACUAAAGUUGUCAUGUUAAAUCUCCUCUGCCUUGCUCUCAAGCUUGAAACAAACCGUGUGUUACGGAUUUUGCCCACAUCCUCCAACACCGCCCAUCGGAACUCCUGUCUCUAGGAUAAUUGAAAUUUGCGAAGCCUGUGCUUCACGUUCUGAAUGUUUUCACUCCAUCUUCUCACGAGUGCCCACUCGGUGCUGCACAUGUGCAACUCUAAAGACAGAUUAGAAAAAACAUGCGCCGUUUCCUGGGAAGAACAAAGGGUUAAAUCCUUUUUGAGUUGACAGAUAUGCUAGCCAGAGGAGGCUUUUUACUUGUGCCCUGCAAGCAGGUGAUCCUUAUUUUUGAGCCCUGAAGUAUAUCCAUGUGGUGAAGUGAAAGCGCAGCGGGCUGUCUGUUACAGCUUGUUUGUUGAUAAAAGAUAUUUUUGGAACAUAGCUUAUAUUUUUUUGUAGCUGCUUGAGCCACUUAAUGAAUGAAGUGCACUAAAAGUUGAGCUGAAUGCCUACAGGGGCAUGUUACUCCACAUCUAAGGUCAAAAGUCUGUCUUUUAAGCUCUCGCAAGACAGGAAGAUCAGCUUUGGAAAUGCUUCUGUAACAGCAGCAUGUGUCUGAGGAAGACAUGUUGAAAAAUUUUUUUGUCUUUAAAAAAAUACAAAACAUAAUUUAAACUGGUGCUGAUAGGAAGUGAUACAAAUAGAUGAUUUUAAACCAAUAAAGCCACUUGACACUAAAUGCUUGAAUAACGCUGUUUUUUUUAUGCUCAAUUUAAAAAUAGGACAUGUGAAAAAUCUAAGUCUUUUGUAUACACUCAUACACUCGUGUAAUUCUGCUCCCUGCCUCCCCGAAUUCUUUUUGACACUUAGUUUACUAAAUGAUCAGGACAUUGUGAUAUGCAGGGUUCCUCAUGAAGCUCUGCCAACUCACAGUGAGAACAUCCUGGCUUUGAUAACUGAACUCUCCAAAGUAAGCCUCCUAGAGUAUUUAGCCAUGCACAGAGUUGUGGUUUUAUUCAGGUUUAAGUUGUGUCUUAGGCCUUUUUAAAUUACAUUCACCUCCACUGUGUCCUAUAUAUUAUAUAUGCAAUGACUGAAUUUCCUCAUAAGAUAUUAUAAUGUGACAUAUAGGAAAAUCACAAGUAAGUAAUGAUUGAAUGAAUGAAUGAAUUCAAUUUAGCUGCUUUGGUUUCAGGGUCCUCGUAUGGUUUAUGAAUUAAUGGAGCAACAGACACGUUGAUGUCAGUAAAACCUGUGUAUUUAAUACUACAACACAUCCAAAUAGAUGCUGUGAAAAAAGGCCUGUUCUUAUUCAGCGGAUGUGAGCUUUUGUCUCGAAAAAUAAAACCUCUUUAAU